GAGGAGGAGGAGGAGGAGGAGGAGGAGGAAGGAGUGGUGAGUUGGGCCAGCGUUCGGAUGCAAGGAGACAGACAAAGACAGAGAGCCACUGAGGAGGAGGAAGAGGAGGUGUUCAGUCUGCUGCUGAAGGGGCCGUCGGAAGUUUCCUCUGAUGGCGGACUGAAGUCUCCGCUGUCGCUCGCCCCCCCCCUCGGCCCCCCCCGCCGGCCCUCCGACAGCAACCUGGACUCCUUCAGCCGACACUUUGAGAGCAUCAUGGAGUCUCACCGGGCCAAAGGAACUUCCUACAGCAGCCUGGACUCUGUUGACCUGCUCACCUCCGGAUCCACAUCUGUGUUCACCUUUGACCUGCCGACCCUCACACCUGAGAUACAGAGUCAGAUCUGUGAGAGUGCCAAACAGAUUUUGGAUCUGAGCUUCGCCCCCCUCGCUCGGCCCCCCCCCCCCCUCGGAGACGUCGCGCUCAGAAGUGAUGCUCAGUGUGUUGGGGGCGGGGCUUAAGGGGGGGGGGCGCCGCUCCGGCAACAAAGAUGGCUUCCGCAAGGCGAGCUCAGCGCCGUCACUGCACAACAGGGAGCGGGCUCUGAUUCGCCCCCCCGAGCUGCUGCAGCCUCAGGCCGAUGUGGCGGAGCGUUUGGCGCUGGGCGAUGAUUCGCUGUCUAACGGAACGAAGGCCGACCUGCUGGCCGCUCGCCGCCUCGCUAAACGCCUCUACAGCCUGGACGGCUUCAGGAAGUCUGACGUGGCUCGCCACCUCGGCAAGAAUAACGAGUUCAGUCAGCUGGUCGCAGAAGAAUAUCUUAGUCACUUCAACUUCUCCAAUCUGACCAUCGACCAGGCGCUCAGGAAGUUUUUGGGUCAGUUUGCUCUGAUGGGAGAAACUCAGGAGAGAGAAAGAAUCCUUGCUCACUUCUCCAGAAGAUACAUGCAGAGUAACCCUGAGAGUGAGACCACUGAAGACAGUGUCCACACUCUGACGUGUGCUGUCAUGCUGUUGAACACGGACCUUCAUGGAAAUAACGUGGGGAAGAGGAUGUCCAGCAGUCAGUUCAUCUCUAACCUGGAAGGACUCAAUAAUGGAAAAGACUUCCCGAAAGAUCUGUUGAAGACGCUGUACAGCUCCAUCAAGAACGAGAAGCUCCAGUGGACGAUUGAUGAAGAGGAGUUGAGGAAGUCGAUGUCGGAGCUGGCGGACGUUCGGACAGACUCCGCCUCUCACACCAUGAAGCGUCUGACUGGAGGAAACCUGCUGGUGGGCGUCGCCCAGCAGGCCGACGGCGAGCUCUAUAAGAACGGCUUCCUGGUCCGCAAAGUACACGCCGACCCUGACGGAAAGAGAACACCGCGAGGGAAGAGAGGAUGGAAGUCUUUCUACGCAAUGCUGAAGGGACUCGUGCUGUACCUGCAGAAGGAUGAUUACCGUACCGACCGCCAGCUGACGGAGGAAGACGUGAAGAACUCGGUUUCCAUUCAUCACUCGCUCGCUAUGAGAGCCGCCGACUACAGAAAGAGACCCAACGUGUUCUACCUGAGAACCGCAGACUGGAGAGUGUUCCUGUUCCAAGCUCCGAACGCGGAGCAGAUGCAGUCGUGGAUCACUCGGAUCAACGUGGUGGCGGCCAUGUUUUCGGCGCCUCCGUUCCCGGCGGCGAUCGGCUCCCAGAAGCGUUUCAGCCGGCCGCUGCUGCCGGGCUCCAACACCAAGCUGUCCCAGGACGAGCAGCUCAAAUCACACGAGAACCGUUUCCGAGCCGUUUCCUCCGAGCUCGCGGAGCUCGCCGCCGCCCCCGACAGGAAGGUCAAAGGUCGCGAGCUGGAGGAGCAGAAACUGCGACAGGAGUACCUGGAGUUCGAGAAAACGCGGUACGGGACGUACGCCAUGCUGCUGAGGGCCAAAGUGGCGAGCGGCGACGACGAGCUGUCGGCCUUCGAGUCGCGGCUGUUUGAAGACGGCGGCCUGCAGAGGGCGCACUCGAGCCCGACGCUGCCGCUGGACGCCGGCGGGGAGAAGACGCGCGGCGCCAAGUCUACGAAAAGCUUGAAGGGGACGACGAGGAGCGACAGAGACGGAAACAAGAAGAAGGACGGAAACAAACGGCCGGACGAAGCGCCGCAGAGCUGCUGACUGACAUGAAGCAUUAUGGGUAAAACCCUUCUCUGGUGGCUCCGAUUGGCCGACGGAGAUUUUCUCUGGCGAGGAAACGAAGGAGCGAAAACGUUCAGGAAACACCGACCGCUGGCUCUCAUUUCAUUUCAGGGACAAAGUUUAGUUCACCUGAUCAAUCAGCUGAUCCAUGACCUGAUCAAUCAGCUGAUCCAUGACCUGAUCAAUCAGCUGAUCCAUGACCUGAUCAAUCAGCUGAUCAAUCAGCUGAUCAAUCAGCUGAUCCAUGACCUGAUCAAUCAGCUGAUCAAUGACCUGAUCAAUCAGCUGAUCCAUGACCUGAUCAAUCAGCUGAUCAAUGACCUGAUCAAUGACCUGAUCAAUCAGCUGAUCAAUGACCUGAUCAAUCAGCUGAUCCAUGACCUGAUCAAUCAGCUGAUCAAUGACCUGAUCAAUCAGCUGAUCCAUGACCUGAUCAAUCAGCUGAUCCAUAAGCAGUAAUCGAUCAGCUGAUCUCUCUGUAGGUACUCACAUUUCCUGCAUUGCUUAGCAACCAGCGGGGGAGCAGGUUGCCAUGCCGACCACUCACGAUGGUCAGAGCAUGUGGGACUGUUGCCGUGGUGACUGUUCAAAGAGUGGGGCAAACAGCUGAUGAUGCGUUACCGCCGGGAACGAGAACACACAACCUCCUCACUGUGUGUGUG